UCAAACGUUCUUAGAGCAUAUUUUUGUUAGCUGGGAAGAAACCAUUCUUCAUCCCAUCGCGAAUGGUGCACAACCUGGCAUUAGGUGUGUCUCACUACAACACUUUUCUGAAGGCUCCGUGUCCUGUCAUUUCUGAAGUUCUCCAUUUUUCUCUCAUGUAAAUCUCUCGGUGAGGUUUAAUGCAGUCGGUCAGUCCGCAGCCGCUGAGGUUCUCAUUCGACACAAACCCAAUAGAGCUGAAUCGAGCAAGACACACAUCAAGACGCUGGAAUCGAUCAGAGCAUCGAGAUUAUUGUGUGCGGGAUUAUCUGCGCGGUUUUCACUGAUGCAAGGACGUUUUUUCCCUGCCUUUUAGGAAUCGAUGAAUAUGCGCGCCGUUUUAUGGAGAUUUUCCGCGCUGGCGUCAGUGUCCGCAUCUUUUGCUCGUUCGGACGGUCUUUUUUCUUGAUCUCUCGGAUUUAAGAUUUCGUUCACCUCAGGUUUUGCUGUUGUGAAGACGGAUCAAUCUGACUGGAAUUAAAUCAGCAAACAUGGAAGAUACCAUCAACAUGAGAGCCGGAGCUCCGAAAGACGAAAUGCGCCAACAUCAGGAGGAAUGGAAAGAGCUCGUCUGAGGAUUCGUCACACAUUUACUCUUGCUUUGGAUUAACAGAUUUGCAGUUGUAAGGAUUACAUCCGGAUACCUACUUCUUUCAGCAUGUUUGCACGUUUGCUCACUACAAGAAUGAUCCUUCAGAUUCUCACUUUGAUUUGGGGAGUUUCACUCGUCAUUUGUCAGCAAGCACAAUACACCACCAUCACCACGAACUAUGGGAAGCUGCGUGGAUUGAGGGUGGCGUUGCCCAGUGAGAUCUUGGGCCCCGUGGAGCAAUAUCUGGGCGUACCUUAUGCGAUGCCCCCUACUGGAGAACGCAGGUUUCAGGCCCCCGAGCCUCCAUCGUCGUGGCCAGGCAUCAGGAACGCCACACAGUUCGCUCCGGUGUGUCCGCAGUACCUGGAGGACCGACUGCUGCUCACUGACAUGUUGCCGGUGUGGUUUACCGCCAACCUGGACACGGUGGCAACAUACGUGCAUGACCAGAGCGAAGACUGUCUGUACCUCAAUGUCUACGUGCCCACAGAGGAAGAUACGCAUGAUGACACGGGUUUGAAGCCGGUCAUGGUUUACAUUCACGGCGGGUCGUACGUCGAGGGCACAGGGAACAUGAUCGAUGGCAGUAUCCUCGCCAGCUACGGCAAUGUGAUCGUCGUCACAGUCAACUACAGGUUAGGAGUUUUAGGUUUCCUCAGCACUGGAGAUCAGGCUGCAAAAGGGAAUUACGGCCUGCUGGAUCAAAUCCAGGCUCUGCGCUGGGUGAAGGAGAACAUUCAGGCUUUCAGCGGAGAUCCAGAGCGAGUGACUAUAUUUGGCUCUGGAGCAGGAGCCUCGUGUGUCAGUCUGCUGACCCUCUCACACUAUUCUGAAGAUCUGUUUCAGAAAGCAAUCAUUCAGAGCGGCACGGCUCUCUCCAGCUGGGCCGUCAACUACCAGCCGGCCAAAUACACACGCAUGCUGGCCGAGAAGGUCGGAUGCAACGAAGACGACACGGUCGAGCUGGUCGAAUGCCUCCAAAACAAAAACUACAAGGAGCUCAUCGAGCAGAACAUCACCCCUGCCAAAUACCACAUCGCCUUCGGACCCGUGAUCGACGGAGACGUCAUUCCGGAUGACCCGCAGAUCCUCAUGGAGCAAGGAGAGUUCCUGAACUACGACAUCAUGCUGGGAGUCAACCAGGGCGAGGGAUACAAGUUCGUGGAUGGUAUCUUAGACAGCGAGGACAGAGUAACCGGCAACGACUUUGAGUUUGCGGUAUCAGAAUUUGUCGACCACUUGUACGGCUACCCGGAAGGAAAAGACACCCUGCGGGAAACCAUAAAGUUCAUGUACACGGACUGGGCAGACAGGGAAAACCCGGAGAUGCGGCGGAAAACGCUGGUCGCGCUUUUCACGGAUCACCAGUGGGUGGCACCGGCCGUGGCUACAGCGGAUCUGCAUGCUCAGUACGGAUCACCGACGUACUUUUAUGCAUUUUACCACCAUUGCCAGAGCGAUAUGAAGCCUGCCUGGGCCGAUUCCGCACAUGGAGACGAACUUCCGUAUGUUUUCGGCAUUCCCAUGAUCGGACCCACAGAUUUAUUCAACUGCAACUUUUCCAAGAAUGACAUUAUGCUGAGCGCCGUGGUCAUGACGUACUGGACUAACUUUGCCAAAACUGGAGACCCAAAUCAACCAGUUCCUCAAGACACAAAAUUCAUCCACACUAAACCGAACCGCUUUGAGGAGGUGGCCUGGUCUAAGUACAACCCUAAAGACCAGCUGUACCUGCACAUCGGCCUGAAGCCUCGUGUUCGCGACCACUACAGAGCCACCAAGAUUGCCUUUUGGUUGGAGUUAGUGCCGCAUUUGCACAACAUCAACGAACUCUUCCAGUACGUUUCAUCGACGACCAAAAUCCCACCGCAAGACACGACGCCCUUCUCCUACACCAAACGCUUGUCCAACAAACUCUGGCCUUCGACCACUCGCCAUCCUCCCGCUCCUCCGGCCAACACCAAACAGAUGUCGGAUCAGCAGAAGACAUCCGAGCACGCCGACGGGACGGUCAUCAUCGAGGCGCGAGAUUACUCCACCGAGCUGAGUGUGACGAUCGCCGUCGGUGCUUCGCUGCUCUUCCUGAACAUCCUGGCGUUUGCGGCGCUCUACUACAAAAAGGACAAACACCGGCUGGAGUCGAGUCGCCGGCUCAGUCCUCCGAGAAACCUCGCAAACGACGUUCCCCGCGUGCCGAGCGAGGAGCUGAUGUCCCUGCAGAUGAAACAGCUCGACCACGAUCACGACUGCGAUUCGCUGCAGGGCCACGACAUGAUCCGCCUGACCUGUCCACCCGAUUACGCGCUUACGCUUCGCCGAUCGCCCGACGACGUGCCGCUCAUGGCGCCGAACACCAUCACGAUGAUUCCCAGCUCUUUUGCGGGAAUGCAGCCGUCAUAUCACAACCCCUUUAACGCGUUCGGAAACAGCACUCCGAGCAGCACGGGUCUCCCUCACGGACACUCCACGACGCGAGUAUAACUAGCUGACAGACUCUUUAGAUGCGCACCCAAACACUGAGGGUGUUAUUUUGUUACGGACUCUUUUAUGAAUUAAGUAACGUUACACUUAUUAACCUGUAUAAUGUGAUCAGUGAAUGUAAUCAUUUUUCGCAUUCAUGGUACAGCGAUCGAAGCACUCAAAAAAUAUGAUUACGUAAAUUAAGAAAUAUCAUUGGCAUCCUGAUUUCCUGAUUAACGUGUGAGACGAUUUAUCGUUCAGACUCUCAAAUUCGCGAAACGCUUUUGCGCGUAUCUUUGCAGCACAAAUACCUGCAUCUUAAAGGGAUAGUUCACCCAAAAAUGAAAAUUAACCCAUGAUUUACUCACCCUCAAGCCAUCCUAGGUGUAUAAGACUAACUUUUUCAGAUGAACACAGUCGGAGUUGUAUUAAAUAAUAUUCUGGCUCUUCCAAGCUUUAUAAUGGGAGUGAAUGGGGCUCGAGAUUUCCAAAAAAGUGCAUCAUCCAUCAUAAAAGUAAUCCAUAAGGCUCCAGGGGGUUAAUAAAGGCCUUCUGAAGUGAAGCAAUAGGAUUUUGUAAGAAAAAUAUUUAAUACUUUAUUAAGUAUAAAAACUAGCUUCCGGCAGACAGCUGUACGAAUUGAGUUACAGUGGAAGCGUAAUGUCUGACGCGACGAAUGACGUAAUAUGUAGGAGUAUAGUAAAUAAAUACAUGCGCUGCAUGUUUCAGUGUGAAGCGCAGUACUGUCUUACUUAACCAGUCGUGUCCAGUUUGUUAGCUUGGGAAAUCAUAAAUCUGAUAUCAUGCCUGUUCGACAGGGUGUUCCUCAGGGUUCAGUGUUGGGCCCAAUUUUAUUUAGCAUAUAUAUCAAAGGUUACUCUUGUUUCGUAACUUGAUGCGUACAGCCAUAGUUAUUAUAGUUAAUAAAGUUUUAAAUAUGGGUAUUUGUCUUACAGAAACGCACCGCUUCGCUUCAGAAGGCCUUUAUUAACCCCCUGGAGCCCCCAUGGAUUACUUGAUGGAUGCACUUUUUUGGGCUUCAAAAUCUUGCCCCCUAUUCACUACCAUUAUAAAGCUUGGAAGAGCCAGGAUAUUUUUUUAAUAUGACUCUGAUUGUGUUCGUCUGAAAGAAGAUAGUCAUAUACACCUAGGAUGGCUUGAGGGUGAGUAAAUAUAAUAAUAAUAUAAGGCCCAUUCACACCAAGCAUGAUAAGUAUAACAAUAACGAUAAAGAUGGAGUUCAUUCUGAAUGUAAAGGAACGAAAAUGGCAACAUCGACAGAACGAUUUUUUCUCCAGCUGAUGAAUGAUAAAAUCACUGACAGCCAAUCAGAUUUCAUCCUCCUUUAAAGAGCUUGAGCAUUUAAAGUGGCAGAUGAUAAAACUGCAGCGUGCUUAGAAUAGAAUAGAAUUGUGCGUUGGUGUGGAUGCUAAUACAGUUAUCGUUAUAGUUUUCAUGAUUGGUGUGAACGGCCCUUAAUUCAUGUAACUGCCUGUGAAAGCAGGAGGUGAAUUUGUGAACGCGCUAUUGAUCAUGACAGCAGUAAUUCAUCAAAUGAUGGAGAAGAUAUAUGCAGAUUUGGAUCACAGCGGUGGAAUGAUGCUGGAGAACUUGGCAGAUCACAGUAACUCUCUGAACGCUCAGAUCCAGCUUGCAGGACGGGGAUUUGCUCACUCAGUUUUGGGGUGUUUUUGCACUGUUACCUGAUAGUCAUAAUUAUGUCAGAUGUAGAAAGCCUGACCAGAAAGUUUGAAAUGGAUUUAAUAGCUUGAAAUUUAAAUGUGUUUAUGAUUGAAAUAGUUUAAAAGCUUGAAAUAUGAAGGCUUUAAGGCAAUGCAGUCUGUCAGACAAACAUACAUAGAUAGAUAGAUAGAUAGAUAGAUUAGACAUUUCCUUGGGCAUUGUUAGGCAGUUGCUAGGGUAUUAUGGAUGGUUGCUAGAGUGUUGCUAAGCAGUUGCUAGGGUGUUGCCAGGCAGUUGCAAGGGUGUUAUGGGUGGUUGUUGGAGUGUUGCUAUGCAAUUGCUAGGGCAUUGCUAGUGCUUUCAUAGGCAGUUACUAGGGUGUACUGGGUGGUUGCUAGAAUGUUGCUAUGCAGUUUCUAGGCUGUUCCUAUGGUGUUGCUAGGCAGUCGCUAGGGUAUUCUGGGUGGUUGCUAGAGUAUUGUUAUGGCAUUGCAAGGGUGUUGCUAGGGCAUUCUGGGUGGUUGCUAGAAUGUUGCUAUGCAAGUUGCUAAGGCAUUUGUUACUGUGUGGUUGCUAGGGUGUUACUAUGCAGAUGUUAGAGUAUUCUGGGAGGUUGCUAGUGUGUUCUGGAUGGUUGCUAUGUCAUCUAUCUAUCUAUCUAUCUAUCUAUCUAUCUAUCAUUUAUUCGUUCAAUCUUAUCUAUCUAUCUAUCUAUCUAUCUAUCAAUUGUUCGUUCGAUCAUAUCUAUCUAUCUAUCUAUCUAUCUAUCUAUCUAUCUAUCUAUCAUUUGUCCGUUCAAUCUUAUCUAUCUAUCUAUCUAUCUAUCUAUCUAUCUAUCAGUCUAUCUAUCUAUCUAUCUAUCUAUCAGUCUAUCUAUCUAUCUAUCUAUCUAUCUAUCUAUCUAUCUAUCUAUCUAUCUGUCUAUCUAUCUAUCAUUUGUCCGUUCUAUCUAUCUAUCUAUCUAUCUAUCAUUUGUUCAAUCUUAUCUAUUUGUUCGUUCAAUCUUAUCUAUCUAUCUAUCUAUCGUUCAUUCUAUCUAUCGUUCAUUCUAAUCUAUCUAUCUAUCUAUCGUUCAUUCUAUCUAUCUAUCUAUCUAUCAUUAGUUCGUUCAAUCUUAUCUAUCUAUCUAUCUAUCUAUCUAUCUAUCUAUCUAUCUAUCUAUCUAUCUAUCUCUCUAUCUAUCUAUCUAUCUAUCAUCAGUCUAUAUCUAUCUAUCUAUCUAUCUAUCUAUCUAUCUAUCUAUCUAUCUAUCUGUCUAUCUAGUGUCAAUCUUUGAAUUUCCCUCUGUUGUUCUAGAGUGAGUUCUGUCUGUCAUGUGCAGCAGUGGUUUAUGGGAUCAUUGAUCACUGUGGCUCAUUUAAGAGGAUUUCUGAAAAUAUUUUGUCUCUGUGCCAAAUGAAACUUUAAUUAACCACAUUCCCAGUGUUUUUCUAAGUGUGACUCAAAAAGUGCUUGAAUACUUUGUAAUUUCGAGAAAAAUCUUGUUUGAGGAUCCACAAGAGUCACAUCUUACAUUUUAAACAUGAGAUCAGGUUGCAGUGUGAAACUCUGAGAGGAUCUUCAGUCAGAUCUUAAAGGUGCUGGAAGUGCUUUCAACAGAACACACACAAUGAUUGACAGGUGGAGAGCGUUUCUGAUUGGCUAAAACUCUUUUCUUCUUAUUUCUUACAGCACGUGUUUCUUUGAUAUCUGUCAGGCUGUAGAGAGAUUGUAUAUGUAUUAUUCCAUUUAAACUAUUGCUUACAGCACCUUUAAGAGCUCGUAUCAGACAUCAUCUGAUGUAUUCUCCUUCUCAGCCUGAAUAGUGUUAUUUUAGUGCAUAGUGUAUAUAGCAUAUAGAAUAAAUUGUAAAAAGAACAUCUGCAGCUUGUAGUAUUGCUUUCAAUUACAUUUUCUCAUUGGCUCGUGUACAGUUCUGAAUGUACGUUUGCCAUCUUCAUCCCUCUGUGUUUGAACAUUACGAAACAUUAUUUAUGUGACAGUGGAUUAAACAAAUAGUUCCAUAGAUCCAUAUACUCAUGUCCUUCUGCUUGAAACUGCAUCAAAUGGAAUAGCAAAAGUAAUGAGUGCUUUCCUGAACACACUCCCCAUCUUCCAUUGGUCAGUCAAACAGAUAGCCCCGCCCCCAAAUGUCAUGUCAUUGGUUGAUGAUGUCAUGCCAUUUAGAAAUGACACGCUUCAACUUUAAAGUGAUUUUGUUGUUUUCCAGAAAGACGAGCUGCGGUGAGAACAGAUUUAAAUGUUUUCGCAAAUUGUUCUAAAUUUCAGUGUCCAGCUUCCAGUGAUUGUAAUUUGUAAACAGGAAGUUUGCAUACUGUCAGUUCCUGUAAUUAUCUUCCGUUAUGAUUUAUAAAACUUUUUUUUUCUUUUCGUUGUUCAGCUGUUUUGAACAUUAUUAAUUAAUGAUUUUUACUUUCCCUGCAACAAAGUGACACACAAGCUCCAGCGAAGCUUCACCAGAGGAUCCGUAAUUAUUAUUGGUCAAUAUUAAUCUGCCUAACAGGGUACUGAUGGACAUGUACAUGUUUCAAUCAUGUUGCUUCUUUAAAUCUUUCCAUACUUUACGCUGUAUGAAACAUGAUGGAUACUGUAUAUGUAAGAGACUUUUUGCUGCUUUUUCUAAACUUAAAUAAACUUAGAUUUUACUCA